ACGGUGUUCCAGUGUGACUUCCUCUCCCUGACCAUCUCCCGACCUCUGACCCCGCCGGCCUUGACCUCUCACCUGUCCGCCAUGUCUAGCCCCGUGACGCAGUUGCCCAGCGGAGCCUUCCAUGUGGUCGUCUUCUCACUUCUGCUGGAGUACAUGCCCUCACGUCUGCAGAGGUGGCGCUGCUGCCUCAAGGCGCAUGCGCUGUUGGCGGUGAACGGCCUUCUGAUUGUUGUCACUCCUGAUUCGCAUAGCUUACACAGAAAUGCUCCCAUGAUGAAGAGCUGGAAGCAAGCCAUAGAGGCUGUAGGUUUCAGAAGGUGGAGAUAUGAGAAGCAGAGUCAUAUACACUGCAUGGCUUUUCGGAAGAUCACAGAGAAAGUGGCCGUAGAAGAGAAGGAGACAGACAAGUAUGUGGAGAUGAUGUAUAUACCACAGGAUUUUAAGGAAGAUGCAGACGAGAAAGCUCCCAAGAAACGGAAGACGAAACACAAAGUUGCUGCAAAGUCUGAUUCUGCACAGCAGGAGAAAUGAGGGAUGUUGACGGUCUUGCGUUUUUAUCAACUCUAUGACGGCACGCUUUCUCGUCAGUCUACAGAACAGGAAGAUGCACUGUUGUGGAGCAUUUUAGAAAAGAAGCAUAAAUUAUGCUUUGUUAUUCUAUUUUGUUUUAGUAAGCAUUUUACAGCACUUGCAACACAAUUAGGUCAUGUAAGUGCUGAAGAUUAAAGGUGUUGCAAACGAACAACAAACGCA